CUGGUGGAGGGACACUCACUCAUUGUUACCAACUCGAGGAGCGGCGGAGACCCCGUUUAUGCACGUGAAUUUUCGGGACAACAUUCAGACUGCAGGCUGAACAUCAUCUCCAUCUGUGGUUGUCAUCGCUGUAUUCUUCCAAGCAUCAUUGCUGUCCUUGGAGGCAGGAGAGGGCGGUCACAGCGCAGCAUCUUAAAGGACCACAGCAUCUUCCAGGCUAUGUGACACACUGCUGCCGACCAGAUUCCCUACAGUGAUGGAUGCAGUCAGCUUUAACCAUGGCCGUGCUGGACUCCCGACCACCAGCUCUGUGAGCUGAAGAAGAGGAAGAGGCGCUCUUUAAACCUUGUGAUAUCAUCUUCCUGGUGAAGAGCCAGAUGCUAACAGGGCUCAUCUCCUCAUCUUAGCCAGCCGUCCUCCUGGAUCUGUUUUCUCCCCUACUGCAAAAACCGGUCAUGGAUCUCCUGUGGGUGCUGUCGGUGUCCAUGUUGACAGUGUGCGUUGCCAUCCCCAUGGAUGCAGCAGCGGGGAGCCACAGUCUGUUCACCUGUGAGCCCAUAACCCUGCGCAUGUGCCAGGGGCUGCCUUACAACUCCACCUACAUGCCCAACAUACUGAACCAUUACGACCAGCAAACUGCCGCCCUCGCCAUGGAGCCGUUCCAUCCCAUGGUGAACCUACAGUGCUCUCCAGACCUCAGGAUGUUCCUGUGUGCGCUCUACGCCCCGGUGUGUACCGAGUACGGGCGGAUGACUCUGCCUUGUCGCCGCCUCUGUCUGCAGGCCAAAAGCGACUGCUACAAACUGAUGGACAUGUUUGGUGUCAGCUGGCCGCAGGAGAUGGACUGCAACAGGUUCCCAGACUGUGACGAGCCCUACCCCCGUCCUGUAGACCUCAUGUCCAGCUCCGACACAACUGAAUCCCCCAUUUCUGUCCAGCGAGACUACGGCUUCUGGUGUCCAAGAGAACUCAAAAUUGACCCGGAGCUCGGCUACUCCUUCAUGGGCGUCCGCGACUGCUCUCCUCCCUGUCCUAACAUGUACUUCACACGUGAGGAGCUGACGUUUGCCCGUUACUUCAUUGGCGUGGUGUCCAUCGUCUGUCUGUCGGCCACCCUCUUCACCUUCCUGACUUUCCUGAUCGACGUGUCGCGCUUCCGCUACCCAGAGCGUCCAAUUAUAUUUUAUGCUGUGUGCUACAUGAUGGUGUCCCUGGUUUUCUUCCUGGGGUUUCUGCUUGAGGACAAAGUGUCCUGUAACGCAGCGAGUCCUGGGAGGUUUAGGGCUUCAACGGUGACUCAAGGCUCUCAUAACAAGGCCUGCACCCUUCUCUUCAUGGUGCUGUAUUUCUUCACCAUGGCUGGUAGUGUCUGGUGGGUCAUUCUGACCAUCACCUGGUUCCUGGCUGCUGUCCCCAAGUGGGGCAGUGAGGCAAUAGAGAAGAAGGCUCUCCUCUUCCACGCCUGUGCCUGGGGCAUCCCUGGUGUCCUCACAGUUACCCUGCUCGCCAUGAACAAGAUCGAGGGAGACAGUGUCAGCGGCGUUUGCUUCGUAGGGCUGUACAACUUGACGGCCCUGCGCUGGUUCCUGCUGGCCCCACUGGGACUGGACGUAGUGGUUGGUGUGGCUCUGCUGCUCGCAGGCAUAGCAGCACUAAACCGAGUCCGCAUGGAGAUCCCACUGGAGAAGGAGAACCAGGAGAAACUGGUGAAGUUCAUGAUUCGUAUCGGCGUGUUCUCUGUUCUCUACCUGGUCCCUCUGCUGGCUGUUCUGGGCUGCUACCUGUAUGAGAACAGCUACAGAGCCAUCUGGGAGACCACCUGGGUCCAGGAGAAGUGUAGACACUACCACAUCCCCUGCCCUUACCAGGUGGAGGUAACCAGUCGUCCGGACCUGGUCCUGUUCCUGAUUAAGUACGUGAUGAUGCUGAUUGUAGGAAUCCCCUCUGUGUUCUGGGUGGGCAGUAAGAAGACCUGCUUCGAGUGGGCCAGCUUCUUCCACGGCAAGAAACGCAAAGACUCUGGAAUGGUCAACGAGAGCCGACAGGUGCUCCAGGAGCCCGACUUCGCCCAGUUGCUGCUCAGGGACCCCAACACGCCCAUCGUGAGGAAGUCAAGGGGGACGUCCACCCAGGGGACCUCCACCCACGCCUCAUCUACCCACCUGGCCAUGCUGGAUGAGCCGCCCAGCGCCAGCACCAGCCGGGCCGGCUCGGUCCGCAGCGCACGCUCUAAGAUAAGCAGCUACCACGGCAGCCUGCACCGCUCCCGAGAUGGCAGAUAUACAGCCUCCAGUUUUCGGGCCGCAGAUGACCGUCUCCCCUACGGAAGCAUGCCUCGCCUCAACGACCAAUCACAGUCCAGACACUGCAGCACCAAUCGUCUGGACAGUUUGUCGCGGCACGGCUCCACUCAACGACUUGAGAGCCAGUCGCGGCACAGCAGUGUCAGAGACCUCACCAGCACCCAAGCUGCUUUCGGUGUUCCUGGAAACGGGAUUCACAGAGUGCUGGAGGAGGACGGAACGACGGCCUGAACCGGAUCCCAGGACACUUGCGAAGAAGAUGUGACUGGAUGGGUACCAGUGAAAGUAGGAAAGCCGACCUUCUUUUUGUGGAAAGUUUAAGAAUGUGCGAGAACCAACGGCAAACGUCAGAAAGAAGAGCAGCAAAAACUGCGGUGUCCUCUCCUGUUGAAUUUGGGAGCUCAGAGCUGAAGCACAGAUUACUGAUGACAUUAACUUAACGGGGGAUUCAUCCAGCCAGAUGGAGAGGACUGUGUGUGGAUCCAUGCCUUAAAAUGUCUUCUCAGCUUUACUCGAACCACUAGCUGAUCCCAAAAACUGAAGUUCAAAAUGAUUUUUGUCCAGUUCGCAAACCUACGAUGGAUUUUGCGGUGGUGACGGUGGCCUCUGAGAACCAACACUGGAAAAUGACGACGAGGCUUCACUGGUGGACCUACAUUACUGAGCCAGAACACAAUGUGACCAACGCUGACGGACUGCACUGGAUUGUUUUUUACUUGUACUGGACUUGUUUGUAUAGAAGACUUGCUGAUGGACAUCAGACAUGAUGAGCCUUCUCUUCUAGUCUGUGCUUCUGAGCACUCGGGAGGUUAGAAGCAGGGUACUUUUUUUUUUAAGGUUUACUGGUUACAUUUCAACUGUUGUGCUUCUCUUCAGGCACUGAUGUCUUUUUCAGUUUCAAAUUAAAUUCUGGCAACUUAAAGGGGCAGAUCACCCCAAAAUCAAAAAUGCGUAUUUUUCUUCUUACCUGUAGUGCUUUUUUAUUAUUAUAGACUGUUUUGGUGCGAGCUGCCGAGUGUUGGACCUAUUGGCAUCCGUGAUGUCCGCCCUAUCUCCAAUAUAAUGGAACUAUAAUGGCAUUCGGUUUGUGGUGCUCAGAGUGCCAACAAAAACACAUUUGAAAAACUCAACGGCAACGUCUCUGUCAUGACUCGGUUACUCGCCUUGUUGUGAGCAGUUUGAUGUAGGAACUAUUUUCUCUCUACAGGACUACACCUGCCAACCGCAUCAUCCUGUUCAUUUCCAACACAAGCCACUCCCACCAAAACACUCUAUGUUUCUAAGCAGCACUACGGGUUGGAAGAAAAAUAUGUGUUUUGGUUUGGAGGUGAACUGUCCCUUUAACCUGUUAAAAUCCACUAUUUAUAAAGUUAACUUAUUCACACUUGAUUUGAAACUCCACAUGAAAGGUAACAGAUAUUAAGUGAACAACUGACACUCUGCAAACGCUGUACGCGACUCCUGAAAGCCUUGUCUCAUUUAAAAAAAUGUUUAUAUUGAGGUACUUCAUUUGGUGUAAUAAUGCGAGUAUUGAUAAAGGAAAAAAAUGUCUUUUUGCCAGAAUGCAAGGGCUAAACUAUAGGAAAAAAAAGCUAAAUCCAAACUCCUGCCUUAUGACUGUGUGUUUAGACAGAACGCUAAGCUAAUUUUUCAGGCAGCAUAAUUACGUACGUCUAUGGAAAGAAACAACAAAUGUUUUAACUUGAGUGAAAAAUGUGUAUGUGUACUGUGUAGAGGCUGAGCUGAACAGCAACUGUCCGGUGCGAGUUGGUUAUUUAGCCACAGUGGGCUGUUGGUGGGGGAGUAAGCAGGAAUUGGCUUUGCUUUCUGUCUGAACACACGUUCACAGUUUAAAUAGAUAGCGCGCCCUUGAAUUAGAGUCAAAGUCUGAGUAGUUUGUCCUGUUUAAAAACGUGUCCUUACUUGUAUUACUACUGUAAAAUAUUAGAGCAACAUUUCCUCUAGCGGCAAAACCUGUAUAGAUGUACAAACGGAAUUUU